UUUGUGUACAAUAUAACAAAUUUUGUAAAAUAUGUGAAAUAAUAUUGUUAAUUUGUCUGUGAAUGAUAUAUUUUUAACGUAUGAAAUUAUUUAUAAAACAUUAUCGUGUCAAAUAAUAAAAAUAACCUAAUCAGUAAAAUGGCAUCAUCAUUAUCAGCAUAUUGGGUGAAAUUUUUUAAAGGAGCUGGAUUUCCACAAGAUGUAGCUACAAAACAUGCUGUUGUGUUUUCCAAUAAUCGUAUUAAACCAGACAUGUUACCUGAUUUGGACAAACCUAGCCUCAAAGAAAUGGGAAUUACUUUAAUGGGAGAUAUGAUUGCUAUUUUAAGAUAUGCAAAAAAAGUAGUAGAAGAGACAACAUGUGAAAGAUUCUUAGUUGAUACAGAGGAUAAUGUUGGAAAGCCCAAACCAAUGAUUAAAAAAGUAGCAACCAAAGCAGCUAGUUCUACUUCUAAAGCUAUUGCUACUAAACUUAAAUCUGAUGCAAUAAUCACAAAAAAGAUUGUUAAGAUUCCAACAAGUUCGGUCAAGAAAACUGUUGUUGCUAAAAAAUCAGCAUCAACAUCAGGUGAAAUAAUUACAGAUCUUGCUAAUCAAAAAAAACAGACCAUCCUUAAAAGAAAAUUAAAAGAAGACAGUGAAUUUGAUAGUAAUAAUGAAGAUGAGUGGCAAGAAACACCUAAAAAACUAAAAUCACUUGAUAACAAAGAUAAUAAAGUAGGAUAUACUGUAAUACUUCCAAAAGGAUCAACAUCUAGAAGUCAACAAAUUCUUAAAAACUCUGUAGAACAAAAGCGAACUGUAUUUGACAGGCUGGGUGAUAGUUCUGUAACUAGUACAACAAAUCCAACUGAAACAUCACAGACAUUUAAUAUUACUGGAUUAGGGAAAGAUAUCCUUAAAAGAUCUGUGAGUGUUUUUAAUCGAUUAGGAGAUAAAGAUGCCAAAAAGGAUAAUGCCAUAACACAAGCAGGUAUAUUGAAAAAUGGAACAAAUAGUGUAGGAAUAUUAAAAAGCAGAAGUUCCAAUACAAGAACUUCGAUUCUUACAACAAAUAAAAUUGUACCAAAAAGUGUAGGCACAAUGCGAGCUGAUCAAGAAGCAAAUAGAAAAGUUAUGUCAAGUAAUGUUACACAGUUAGUGAAAACAACGAAAAGAAUUUCUUUUAACAACACAUCUCUAAGAGACAACAGAUUGAUAAAAUCCAAUGUUACAUCUGGAAAGCUAGCUUCAGAAAGAUUAACUUCGAUACCAGCAAAAGCACGUUUGGGAAUGGUUAAAACAAGCAGUACUAAACAAGUAACUUUCGACAGAAUUACAACGGUAGCGCACGUAAAGAAACCGGAUGUUUUCAGUCGCCUUGGAAUUUGAGACUAAUCAUUUAUAUUGUUUAUUUCUUAUUAAACUAGUAUAUUUGUGACCAUAAAUCCUUUGUACAAAGUUAUAUAGUUCCCUAUUGCGUAAAUAUUAAGACACAGGAGAAUGAUUAUGUUAACUAAAGAAAAAAUCAAAUACAAACUCUUUAAAAAGUUUAA